AUGUCUCGACGUGCUACGCCGGGUCAAGCAGCACAGAACUCCCAGGUCAUCAAGAGCCUGUUGAAGUUGGAGUGCAAUAAAAUAUGUGCUGAUUGCAAACGCAACAAGCAUCCGCGAUGGGCAUCAUGGAACCUCGGUAUCUUUAUUUGCAUUCGGUGCUCCGGUAUUCACCGUGGCAUGGGCACGCACAUUAGCAGGGUCAAGUCUGUUGAUCUUGAUGCCUGGACGGACGAACAACUGCAGAGUGUGGUUCGCUGGGGCAAUGGGCGAGCGAACAAGUAUUGGGAGGCCAAAUUGGCACAGGGACAUGUUCCUUCCGAAUCUAAGAUCGAGAAUUUUAUUCGAACAAAGUACGAGGCCAAGCGCUGGGUGAUGGAUGGGGGAAUGCCGGACCCAUCAACAUUGGACGAUGGCGGCGACGAUGAUGUGCCUCUUGCUGUUGUCCAGGAAAAGGCCAAGAUCGAGCGAUCUGCAUCACAGCGGAUCGCGCCCCCGAGUCGAGCCUCGGCGCCUCGUCAACAACAACCCCAAGUCGACUUGUUUGGAGAUGAUUUCAUUGCGGCUCCCCCUCGUCCGAGCACGACCGAGCCUACCGCUCGCGCCCCUCCGCCUCCUAGACAAGCACAACCACCGGCGCAGCAAAAGACACACAAGCCCGCGGACUCCUUACUCGGUCUCGAUUUCUUCGGCAGCGCACAGCCUGCGCCUGGCAGCCGCCCGUCUAGCACGGCUUCGACACCAGCAACAUCGAGUGGAAUGUCUCGUCCAGAUCUGAAGCAGUCGAUCUUGUCCUUGUAUUCGAAGCCGCAGCCGGCUCCCACCCCGCAUGCGCGCAACAAUUCCUUUGGCGACCUGGCCUCUCCGGCGGCCUCUACAUCAUCGAACAUGGGUGGUCUAACGGAUGCCUUCAGUGGACUAAGUUUCCCGACAACCACAUCCCCUCCCCCGUUGAAGCCAGCGGAAAAGCCUUCCCCGUUCGCCAAUCUUACCAGUUUCUCCAACUCAAAGUCAACUCCUGCGGCGCCCCGUAUGACCUCGCCUUCCGGCUCGGCCAGUGGCGAUCUGUUUGAUAAUUUGACCUCACCCACGCUAUCCGCACACAAGCCCCCAUCGCGUAAUGCCUCCGUCUCCAGUGGUGGCCAGGACUUUGGCUUUGGUGGCUUCUCCUCGGCCACGAAAACCUCAGUCAAGCCCAAUCCCCCCUCUUCUUCUCUAUCCAAUGAUCUUUUUGGGCUUUCAUCGCCACCUCUUGCCCCUACUGCAUCUGCCGCGCCUCCUAGACCCUCUGUCUCUUCCCCUCAGCAGGAGAUGAGCUCUGCGUUCAAUCUAUCCAGCGCACCCAUCCAGCCUACUGCGCAGUCCAAACCUGCUGCCCAUGCAGCACCCGCAGUGUCUGCAGUGAACGCUAGUGCAAUGAGUGCUAGUAUGGAUCCGUGGGGCAGCAACGCCUGGGGAAGCUCGGACCCUGUUUCCGAGCCCAAGCCGGCGCCAGUUGCACCCUCUACAUCCAACAUGAUGAGCAUUCCCGACACGUUGACCGCAAACGACAUUGGAAGCGGCUGGGGCACUCCAUCCACGUCCAAGCCUACUCCUACGGUUGCCGCCGAUGAAGAUUUUGGUGGGUGGACAAGCGCUGCUCCAGUCUCCUCGGCCACCACUUCCACUGCAACCUCGAAACCGGCUGGCGGGUUUGGAGGCUCGGAUGAUCUCUUUUCGAACGUUUGGGAAUAG